CAUUUAUUUUUAGACACCGAUAGUUAGUUGUUUGCCUCUUUUUAAUUGAAUAUCAAAAUUUGUUCAAGUUUACCUAUUUUAUCUACCAUUAAAUUGGGAUAUCAAAUCUUUACAAUUUCAAUUUUCAUACUUCUUCGUUCAAUUGGAAUUGGGCCUUUCUUGGCCCCCCCAACUUCGUCUUCGAAUUCAAAAGUGAAACUUUUGUAGGCAUUCAGUGAGGAAGAAGGGUUUCAGGGUUCAUAGCACCCAGGUAAUGUUAUGUCAAUUGACAGGAAAGGAUGGCAACUCAUAUAUCAUGUCAGAUACGAUCAUAUACUAGUUGUUGAUGGCUCUGACAAUCUGGUCGGUUGUUAUCAUGUGUCCGAGCUUCUGGAUGAUAAUGAUUGUGCUACUGGUAACCUGUGUGAUACUCGUGGACACAUUAGGCCAUUACAACCUCGUGUUCAGUCUGGUAUAUGGAACCUUUGUUAUGGAAGAUGUGUUGAUGUCUAUUACAAUGAAUGUUGGUGGGAAGGUGUAGUUUUUGAUCAUGAAGAUGGCUCAGAGAAGAGGAAUAUAUUUUUCCCAGAUUUGGGUGAUGAAAUGAUGGUUCAUAUUGAUAAAAUUAGGAUUACUCAGGACUGGAAUGAUGUCACUGGUACUUGGCAGAAUCGUGGGACCUGGUUGUUUCUGGAGUUGAUUGAGGAAUAUGAGCAAGAACAUUAUGUUCCUGUUUCCAUAAAGCAAAUUUGGUAUGAUUUGCGAGAGAAAGAUGAUUUUAAGAAACUUGGCAAGUGGACUUCUUAUGAGAAAGAUUUGUGGAAAAGUUUGGUAUUGGAGGCAAUUGAUGAUAAUAUGAAAGUUGUUAUUCAUCAUCUUUUACAGGUAAUAGGCCUACCAGAGGAUGCAAGGGAGCAGGUGGAGACUCCUGUAUCAUUUUAUUGA